AUGUCCAAAACCUGCCAUGGGAUUUUCGGCACUUUGGUGACAUUUGGCCGUCUCUCAAAACCUGGUUCUUCCCAACGGCCAAGCGCGAUUUGGCAUAUGUACUGUACGUUGGGGCGAUUUGAUGCUGCGAGAUGGGAUGGUAGGCGACAGAAAGGCAAUUUUACUACGCAGUCUUUGGUCCUGUACCACGUAGCCUCUCGCGGGCAGUGUGGGGUUUCUGGCGAAGGCGGGGAUUGGUCCACUACUACAUACCUGUAUGGCAGUAUCAUAGUGUUUGAUGUUGGUGCGGGCACAGCUACUAUAUAA